ACGUGAUCUGAGAGUCGUAUUGACGCGCCCUCCGAUAUAGCCUAGCAAGCCUUCUUCUUAAUUCACUGGGCGACCCAAGCUGUGAAGCCGUCCUGCAUGUUUGCAUCCAUGUACAUCCUUGCUUCCUUAAGGUGUUGCACCCACAUCUUCCAUAGGAGACAGAUUUACUCAUUGAUUUUAUUUCAGUUUGAAGAAAAUAGAUUGGGCCUAUGAUGGAGCAGAUCGUUACGCAUGUAGGUCUCAACGAGUUGCGAUUUUAUCAGAUCGUAUGCGUUUUGUUUCAUGUAUCAUAUCUGAGUGUAGUUGCGCACCGAACAGCGUAUAUUAAUUUUGAAACGUUAACUAACAUUAACUACUGAAGUUUCUACAUGUUCGAAACGUGUUAGGAACACGUUUAGUGUUCAUAUUUACUUCCCGCCGGAGGACUUCAACAAUAGAGUGGAAAGGGAGGGCCGCUGCCCCAGCUGUAUCCAGCUCCUACUUACGCCAAAUGCCAGCUGAUCGAAUACAGAAAAUUGCAUUAGGCUAAUAGGCCUACGGAAAAUUAACGAAAAGACCUUCCAUUUUGUUUUGUUAUAUUUUGCAGAAGCGAGCUUUGAUUUGAAUAUCCAUUGUGACGGUUUUACUUUGUCCCAACGUUUUAAAUGCGGUUGUUUAUCGUUAGUAGUUUUUACGUCGAGAAAGUAAUAGCGAAAUGGCUACUGUAAAUAUGGCUGAUCCCAUUUAUCAUAGUACACUAUUGUUUCCGCACCAAAUGUGCAAUCAAUUGUGAUUUGUUUAUGGUGAAAUGACUGGCCGAAACGUCGUAAUGGGAUCUACCGAGUCAUCGUGUACAUGCACUGGAUGGUGGUUCUUAGGGGGGUACGUUCUCACUUCGUUUGUGCUCCUUAAGAACCCUACGCUUUUACAUAAAAAAAAGAAGACCAAGUUUACAUGUGUUCACAUCAGCCAUCGAGGAGGUGCGUUUGAGCGGCUGGAGAACACGUUGGAGGCCUUUGACUACGCUGUAAAUAAGUGUGGCACAGACAUGCUCGAGCUUGACGUUCAUUUAACUUUAGACAAACAGGUUGUCGUCUGCCACGAUCUUUCGCUUCUGCGAACGACCGGAGUGGAUAAGAAGAUCUACCAGCUCUGCUACAAGGAUCUUCCGUUACUGCGUUCAUCACUUUACGUUGAGUUUAUGGACGGUUUACCAUGUGCUCAAAUGCGUGAAAAUGUCGACCGGCGUAUUCCUCUGCUUAGAGAAGUGUUCGAAAGGUUUCCUAAUGUUGCCAUCAGCAUCGAUAUUAAGGACAAUGACGAUGAACUAAUCGAUCGGGUUCACGAACUGAUCGUGAAGUUUGACCGGCAAGAGAUGACUAUAUGGGGAAAUAUUUCGUAUGUUGUUACACAAAAGUGCUAUAACCGGGACCCGUCGAUUCCAAUCUUCUUCUCAGCUCCACGUGUGGCUUGGCUUGCGUUUCUCGCAUGGACCGGUCUACUCCCAUUUGUGCCUAUUCGAGAAACGUGUUUGGCCAUCCUGCAUCCCACUUCAAUGGAGCGAAACUCUGAAUUCAAAGACUUUAUCGCUUCAAAUCCCAUCUACUGGCUCGUUCUAAAAACGAUUGAUAUCGCUUUGAUGAGGCCAUUCAUUGUCGACCAUUUGCGUAAACGAGGCAUUCAGGUUUACUUCUGGGUGUUUAAUGAUUGCAAUACAUUCUCGAAAGGCUACGAGUUAGGAGCCACGGGCAUCAUGACGGACUGUCCAUCUCUGCUCAGGGCCUACUUGCAGGAAAAUCCACACAUUGUGAGUGCCCGGAUGCAAGGCGCUGAUAUCGACUAUAUCAACUAAGAAAUUAUAUGUUCGAACCAUUUUUUCCGUGUACGAAUGGCCAUGUAGGUCUACUUAAAUAAAUUUAUUUAAUGUGCAGUGAGGUGCGGGACAAUUAAUACCUUUGGAGUGCAACGCCAAACUAGUGUAUCCUUGCUUUUAUGAGAUCUUAAACAGGAAACGAACUGUACGACAGUUUUUAAUCGCAUGAAAUAAAAGAAUUUUUGUUGAAUGAGAUGCAACUUUUGAUUAUUGAGAAAUAUCCAAGAGAGUGUUGAACUAUUACUUAUAUACCUAUAGAAUAUCCUCAUAUAUUUCAAUGUAAUGUAUUAUUGCGCGGAGAGUUGGCGCAAUAACAUUGUGCGAAAGAUUUCGACAAUCUCAAAAAUGGGUAAAAGUAACAUAGAGGUUUAUUUGAAAAUGCUAAAUCUUCCACAAAAAUGUGUGUAUCUCUGAAAAGGCGCGGACAACCAAAGUGGUUAAAGUCCUCGUGGUAACACAUGUUACAACCAUAAUGGUGUUCGUACUGAUGUAAUCUUAGUAAAUUUUCAUCGAGCCUAGAAUAUGCGCAGCAUGUUUUACUAUAUUUACAAGUGAAAAAUUAAAACAUAAGAUGAAGUCUGUAUUUAGUAAUACCGCUAUUUAUAUUAAAUGUAAAAGUAAAAAAAUAGAAAUAAUCUGUGCAAUGUGUAAAAAUAAAGUUAAGUACAAAAAAUUUUACGCUUCAAUUUUGUGUUCUAAUAGUGUUUGAAAUAUAAUUUGGAUUUAUCGGAAGCGUAUGUACAUCUGAGAAGUUAGUGAAGGUAUUUUUAAAGGCCCACCAAGAGAGUUUAUCUGCUUCUGGGCAACUUUGUUGUGAUGCUGUCUCGAAAACAAGAAGAAGAAGACCAAGUGGGACUUCCUAAGUACAAUUGCUUAUUUGAACCAAAAUUUUUAAAAAUGCCCAACUUUUGCUUGACAUAAGACUAAGAUACUGCCUUCAUACGCACUUCGAUUAUUCAAUCACAACAACUACUCGUAGAAUUGUUCCUAAUUUCAA